AUGGCGGCGGCUGCCGCCUCGUUGUUAGGCCUUGGUGCUGCCACCGUGGGUCCGCCGCCCUCCGCCCCGCCGGCCACACCGGGGGCGGCGGCGGCCUUCGAACUGCUACGGCCCUUGGCGAAGACGGCGCCAGCGGCACCGGGCAGCGGUGAAAGCAGGGACGACCGGCUGCUGGAGAAUUUCUUGGCGAAUCGACCAUCACCUACUCCCCCAGCUGCUGUCGCACCGGUGCCGCGCGUCCCGCCGGUGCCAGCACCAGCUCCAGCUGCACCAGUGCAGGCACCAGUGCCAGCACCAGCGAGGCCGCUGCCAGCGCCACUGGCUCCGCGUGCGGACACACCAGCAGCACCCAGCCGUGCGGACAAAGAUGCCAGCUUGGUGGGUGACCUCAUUGCGGCCUCCCCAACUGCCAGUGCUGGGAAGCUGCAGGAUCAGAGCGGACGAGAUGCCGGGGUGUUGGACAACUUCCUUCGAAAGCACGCUCCGGGACCUGAAGCCUUCGUGCGGCGCAAGCCCCCUCCACUGAGCAGCUUGGAGACUCCUAAGGCCCAGGACGAUGCCAAGCUGCUCCAGUUGAUGGGCGGUCGAGCAGAUGGAGUGCGUUUUAGUCCCUCGGCCGCCCCCGGCAGCUUCGGAGGUGCGGGCUAUGGAGGCUACGCAGGCUACGCAGGCUACGCGGAGGCCGACGCACGACCCGGACCCAUGGGCUAUGGCCUGCCGGUGGCUCGCCGUGGGCCCGAAAGGCCUCGUCUUGGGGCCGGGCGGGGUGCGGCAAGGCGUGGCACUGGCGGCCGCGGCAAGGCACGUACGAACAUCGUCGAGGAGCGCGCAAAGGACGAUGUGCACGAGGAGAACCUGCAGCUCCGGAGGGCGCAGAUGGAGAUGAAAACUAAACUGCAGAAGUUGCAGGUGCAAAUCCGUCAGGCGCAAGAGCCCAAGGACGCCAAAGCGUUUGAGCAGAAGGCCAACGAGCUGGGUGAGAUGCAUCGUGCGAUGUCUGCGCCAAGAGGAGCCAAGGCCACUUCACCGAGCGGACAACGCCGAGGUGUACGAGCCAG